UUGCUGGCGUCUUUGUCGUUAAGUCAGGAGUUGGGCGUUCCACAAGAAAGCGUGCACAAGAAAUUGUUAUAUGUUGCAGAGAGGAGGAAUGAUAAAAUUAACUCGUUGAAUUUUCAGAUUGAAUAUACUGAGAAGCAAUUGCAGCUACAACAGUUAUUGCGUCCCCAGAAGAAAGAAGAAGCUGCUAAGAAGGAUGUGACAGCAGAAGCUUUUAAGCCUCUUACUGAGGAAGAAGAGACUGAGGUUAACCGUGCUCUUUCUAAUUCCAGUCGGAGGAAGCUUUUGGUGACCCAUGAAAAUUCAAAUAUUAGUAUAACAGGAGAAGUUUUGCAGUGCUUGAGACCACGUGCAUGGUUGAAUGAUGAGGUUAUCAAUUUAUAUCUUGAGCUUUUAAAAGAAAGGGAGAGAAGGGAGCCUAAAAAAUUCUUGAAUUGCCAUUUCUUUAACACUUUCUUUUUCAAAAAGCUAGUUAGUGGAAAGGGUGGAUAUAACUAUCAAUCGGUUCGGAGAUGGACUUCCCAAAAGAAGCUUGGAUAUUGUAUCUUUGAUUGUGAUAAGAUUUUUGUACCAAUUCACAAAGAAGUCCAUUGGUGCUUAGCAGUCAUCAACAAGAAGGAUGAAAAGUUUCAGUAUCUUGAUUCGCUUGGUGGAGUUGAUAGUCAAGUGAUUAAAGUACUGGCUAGAUACAUUGUAGAUGAAGUCAAGGACAAGUGUGGCAAAGGGAUUGAUGUUAGUUCCUGGCAGCAAGAAUUUGUUGCGGACCUUCCAGAACAGGAGAAUGGAUUCGACUGCGGUGUGUUUAUGAUCAAAUAUGCCGACUUUUACAGUAGAGAUAUUGGACUCUGUUUUAAUCAGGAACACAUGCCAUACUUUAGGCUGAGGACCGCUUUAGAGAUUUUGAGGUCAAAAGCUGAGUGAUCAUUCUGGAUGCUGUAUAUUUGCUAAUUGACAGAUCAUGGAUAUGCAUGAAAAUGCUGGAGAACGAGGAAUGAACAGAUUAAAACAAAAAAAUGACAUCACUUGACAUCCUGGUACGAGUGACGUGGCAUUUUAUCUUUGCCCAAGAGUUUGGUAACCUUUUUCCCCACACGUGAGGCAAAUGGACAGCUAUCAAGUUUUUUUUUUUUUUGGUUUUUUUCUUUUCCUGGUAUGGUUUUGUUUGGGAGCUUGUGGUUUUGAUGCUGGUCAUCUUCUCUGAGUGACUGCCUAUUAUUGGUGCGCCGAGUAAAGGUUACCUUCAUCGGAGAUGUAAUCUCUGGGGCCCUUGUUUCACUAGGAAAUUGGAUUGAUUCUAUAGUGGUCUGCACCAAUUUUUUUUUUUUGGCUUAGAAUGUGAAGGCAUGUAUACUGCAGGAUCAGGUCUCCAUAUUGUUAAUCUUGUCUGUUUUUCCCCGUAUACUUGCAUUCAUUUACGGAGGGAUUUUUUGCGCA